AGUUUUUCUACUCUCGAAGAUAAUCGAUGAUAAGAUCUUCCCCGUUCGCUUGUCAUCGCAGUUUUUUUUCGGACAGACAUCUCUCGUGCGGAGGCAACUUUAAGGAGAAAUUUGCGGGUUUCGGCGGGAGUUUUUGAAAUUAAUCUCAUCGCCGACAUAAUACAAAUUAUUCGUUUAUUGUUACCGUUUGAGUGUACAAGAGUAGAAAGCGGAACGGCGAUAAAUACAAGUGCUAAACGUGUUCAGCGUGUUUGAAGGGAUUCCUUAACAAUCAUUCACAAUAAUAAUUUCGGCGAGUCGAAUCGUCGUCACAGUUACGAAAACAUUUCGGCAACAUCUUAUGAUCCCUUGAUCUAUGAUCUUACUGGAUCUCCUGCGUCGAUCAUCACGUUUUCUAUACUCACGGACGUAGCAUAGAGAUCACAUUUUCUUCGAAUUCGAACUUGAUUAUCGUAACAUUUUUAAUCCCCGAUUACGUAUCUCUCGAAAGAGCGCGUCACGUGAUUGCGCUUGCAGAUAGGCUGUAGGUUAACCGACGCGUUAAUAAUAGCCGAUAACAUUCACCAUAACCUCGUAACCUCAAUAGCGGCGCCUCGAAUAGCGCGGAUGAACCCGGACAAAGUACAGAAUACGAGAAUAUCUCGUGAUCGGAGAGGACGGAUUUUCUUAUCCAGCGGCGUGUUUCGUCAGAAACACUCCAAUCGCGACACGAUUCCCCGCAUAUUUAGCGUUCUUAUUUCCUGAGAUUUCGUUUCUGUUUUUUUUUCCUUUAAACACCGCACACACUUUCGAUCGACGACUCGUCGAUCGGGAAUCAACUAUCGUCCGCGGUCGCGAUUGAUCGCCGUGAAAACUUCCCCGCGAACAUGCUGGCACGGAUAAUCGCACGUCGAGUCGAUCUCGUAACACGCGUUCGCGACGUUUUUUCUAACCUCAGACCAAAAUCUAGCGCCCUCAUGUAAAACGACGAACGAGCACGGUUCGACGGGGGUUGCGAUAUGCGACGACGACGACGUGGUGGUGUCGCAUCGCACGACGGCCGAUAAGCGGAGUCACGUCGACGAGCGUUGAAGGGAAGACGCGCGUUAAUAUCGCGCUUUUCGCGCAGGUGGUGCAUUCGCCAACGCGUCGACAAUGUCGCUGAUCGCGUGAGAUUCGCGCGACACAUUAUUCUUGUCAACUCGGAUUAUACAGUUCGCGUUCGCGCUUUCUCUUAUAGCCUUUUUCAAAAUGGCAGCGGCUACGGACGAGCUGAUCUUGCUUGAGCGAGUGUUCCUUCGCCUGGGCUCUGCGGAGACAGAUGACCAGUUACAGGCGUCGGUCUGUAAGUUUCUGCCUCCUGUGUUGCUCAAGUUGUCCAGCGCGCAGGAGGGUGUCAGGAAGAAGGUGCUGGAGCUUUUGGUUCAUAUUAACAGGAGGGUGAAGAGCAGGCCUCAAGUACAGCUGCCUGUUGAGGCAUUACUUUUGCAAUACCAGGAUCCGACUGCUAGUUCAUUCAUGAUUAACUUUACGAUAAUAUACAUUAAGUUAGGAUAUCCUCGAAUGGAGAUGAGUAAGCAAGCAGAGUUAGUUCCAAGUGUACUGAAUGCUAUUGAGGGAAAACCGUUGUCUCAUCAAGACAGCUUAAUGCUGAUCAUAAUGCCAGCAUUGGGACAUAUUAAUAUACCGACGGAUCCCGACAAACGAGCGUCUCUCUUAGGUUUGCAGGACAAACCUUACGUGGCGAAGCAACUCAUCAAUUUUAUGCUCGACAUACUAUUGUUGCCAUAUGGGUCUGUGGGUCAAACGGAAAAUCAACAGUCGGGUCAACAGACUAUCGAUUGGUCUCAGUUUACUGUACCACCUGGUUUAAGCGAUUAUGCGUUCAAACGAGUGAUCGGCGAGAGUCCGCCAACAGCGGAACAACUCGAGCAGAUAAAAUUGGGCAUUGUUAAGUUCCUCGUCGGUGGAUUCUUCCCCGAUGCGGAUAUUUUGAUACACUUAAUUGUAGCAGCCGCGGAUACUAGAUUCAGCAUAGCUAACAUGGCAGAUCUGGAAUUGAAAAAGAUAAUUGGCACACUGGAUUGGUCUUCGAUGCAACUCGCAGCCCCAUUGUACACAUUGUUUCUGGGCACCGAUGCGCUAGCAACUCAAAAAGAAGUGAAGCCAGAGAUGAAGCGACUCCCCGCGAGCACUCGAAUUCGUCUCAAGCUCCUGCAGUAUCUAUGCCGUGUGACUAAAGCAGGCUUUAUCAUACCGCCGUGCAUACAGGUUGUCUUCGAUUCGCUCUAUGGAAAAAAUACAAACGCCAAGUUGAAGUCACUGGCGUUGCAAUUCACAUCGAAUAUUGUCCAGCACUGCAGUCUUGUGCCAUUAGCUCGCGUCGCUGGUGUUAUUUUGAACGGGAUGAUAAAGCUAAUCUCCGAGGGCGACGACGCUCACAAACCGAUGGCGUACACGGUUAUUGGACAACUCGGUCAAAGAAUACCGUCUUUGAUCAAUAAAGAUCUGAGCUUGUUGCACAAUUUAUUCGACACUCUUGUAUCCACUGAUGGCGAGUUACGACGGACAGUGAGGGACGCGUUGAUUUGCGUGACAUCUGCAUUCGUGCUGAACAAGGAAGACGAGAGCAACAUAGCGCUGAUGAACGCUCUGUUGUCUGUACACAUCGAAUCACCGGAGUCCAGCGUCAGAUUUGUGGCAAUGCAUUAUGCCGCCACCGUAUUUCCUCCCGAUGACGCUCCAUCUCGGUACCUCUUGUUAUUAGCGUGUGGUGACAACAAACAUGAGAUAAGUACAGAAGCUAUGAAAGCGCUAUACGGUGUUGUGCAUAAGAGUGAGGACGAGCAGUAUGUUAACAGUAAAGUAGUAUUGCCGGAGUUCGUGAAACUUGUGGGUUAUAUUCAUUCGAAAAUGCAGUCGAGAAUGCCCGCCGUGAGUAGCGGCAGAGGGAACACGGACAAGCAACAGGUGCUCCCGUACAGUACUAUGACGUUUUCCGAAAUCAUCACUUACCUUCGCGUCUGCCUCGCCAGAAGUGCCAAUAUUCCGAUGCGAAAUGAGCCGUUGCAACAUCCCUGUGAGCACACUCCCCUGAUUGGACGUUACUUGGAGAAUCUGUACAAGGAUCAGCCGGAAAUUUUAAAUCAUUAUCUCGAUAUGAUUUUAUUAUUAAGCCAUUCCGCUUCAGAUCAAAUUUCCUUAAGCGCGUUACUGGAAGUUUUCGGAUCUGUCCCGCCUUACAUGAUAAAAGCGUACGAAAAAGAGCUACCGUGGCUCGGCACCUUACUCACCUCCACUAAGCAAGACGUGCGACAGUUAGCCGCGAGAGUGUACGCCGCUGUCACCGGCUAUCUCCCGAGAGCCGAGUUCGAGAAACACGUUUCAGGCAUAAUGGAUAUUAUGAAGAAGAAGAAUUUGGAGGCGCAGCACGGUGCGUUAAUAACGCUGACUUACAUGAUGGAGAGAAAUUUGAUGCAGCAACGGAAUGAAAGCAGGGAGAAUCUGUGUAAUUGGACGACUUACAAUGAUAUUGUGAAAUUAAUAUGUACAUAUCUCCAUGAUAAUGCGAUAUUAUUGCUGGACGCCGCUGUUCAAGGCAUCGGCAUCUUGGGAAAGACAUAUUCUUUACCUUUACCAGCAGAAAGUGAUAACGAUUUGAAUAAAAAGGCUAUAGUCGAAACGCUGUUUUCCGUGUUGUCUAACGCUAAAUUGAGUACGAAGAUGAAAGAGAAAGCUGCACUCUCGUUAGGAUAUUUGUGCGUCGGUGAAUCUUUUCCCCAUACUACGGAAGUUGCUGAUAAAAUUAUAGCGACCGUCAAAGAGACGAAGGACAUAGAAAUUCAUUUGAUUCUGGGGGAGGCUUUAGUCUGUUGCAUUCAAGCGCAGGCUUCUCCGGAAGGCAGGGAUAUGUGGAGGACUUUAUCUGCCGAGCACGUCAUUCCGUACAGCAAGGAAAGUGAUGAAUUAUUGAUACAUGUGUUGGUCGAGUUACUUAAUAUAUAUCAAGUGCCUCAUCCGAACCUACGACAGGCAGUGUGCGUGUGGUUAUUCGCACUUUUGAAACACAACGUUCAACGAGAAUGCGUCAAAGAAAGGCUGUCCGCCAUUCACCAUGCAUUUAUAGAUUUUCUUUCCGACGACAGUGAUAUAGUACAAGAUAUUGCUUCGAAAGGCCUUAGUUUGGUACAUAUUAACAGCAAAAAGGAAGAACGCGAUAUUUUAGUGUCCAACAUAUUGGAUCAGUUUACGCAAGGUCGUAGAACAGUGCAACAAGUUACUGCUGACACCAAAUUGUUUGAGGAGGGCCAAUUGGGGAAGAGUCCAUCUGGCGGCAAUCUGUCAACGUACCGAGAGAUCUGUUCUCUGGCGACCGAAUUGCAGAAGCCGGAACUCGUGUAUUAUUUCAUGCACUUGGCAAAUCAUAACGCGAUAUGGACGUCCAAGAAGGGCGCGGCGUUCGGUUUCGCAGCGAUCGCCGGUAUCGCGAGGGACGAGCUGAAUAAGUAUCUGCCUAAUAUCAUACCGCGACUGUACAGGUAUCAGUUUGACCCGACGCCGAAAAUCCAGCAGAGUAUGACUAGCAUUUGGAGGGCGGUCGUCCCGUCCACGACAAAAGCCAUCGAACAGUAUCAUAAAGAAAUAUUGACUGAUGUAACUGAUAAUCUAACAAAUAACGAGUGGAGGGUGCGUAUCAGUUGUUGUAAUGCUCUCGCAGAUCUUUUAAGGACAAAUGUUCAGUUCAACUUCGCCGAAUGCGGCCCGGAACUGUGGAAGAAAUUAUUUCGCGUAAUGGACGAUAUUCACGAAGGUACGCGGUUAGCCGCGACGAAUACCGCCAAGAUACUUAGCAAGGUUUGCAUACGAUAUUGCGAUUCUUCGCACGGUAAUGCGGGGAAGGAGGUUAUUCAAGCGAUAUUGCCGGUGUUACUCGACAUCGGUAUCAUUCACACCGUGGACACGGUGAGAUCUAUAUCGCUGCAAACGGUGUCUCAACUCGUAUUGACGGCCGGUGUUCUGCUGAAGCCGUCGCUCGUCAAUUUAAUACCUUCGCUGUUGGAAACGAUCGGCGAGUCGGAGAAUCCGAAACUCUCCUACUUGAGUAACGUGUGCGGCGCAUCCACGGAGACGCAGGAGGCUAUCGAUAACGUUAGAGCUAACGUCGCUAAAGGCCAUUACGCGUCGGAUACGAUAACGAAGUGUAUCCAAUAUGUCGACGCGGAUGUAUUGAAGGACUUGAUGCCAAAAGUGAUAGAAUUAAUCAAGUGCAGCAUAGGAUUUGGAACGAAGAUCGCUUGCUCGCAUUUCGUGAUUCUUCUCAGCACGCAUUUGAAAGUAGAGUUACAGCCGUACAGCGCUAAAGUUCUGUCCGCCUUGCUCAACGGCUUGACAGAUCGUAAUGCUGCCGUGCGGAAAAACAAUGCAAUUAGCAUCGGACACGUGGUUGGCUCGGCUAAAGAUUCUAGUCUAGAUAAGUUAUUUAAUACCUUGAACACGUGGUAUUUGGAACGCGAAGAUGACGCAAUAAGACUGGCGAUCGGGCAGACUCUGCAAUCUAUAAACAAUUACAAUCAGGAGAAAUUGAAGAAUUACCAAAAAAUAGUCAUUCCUUUGACGUUUUUCGCGAUGCAUGCAGAAAAGGUAUCAGGGAAUGAAAGCACCAUCGAACUGUGGACUGAUCUAUGGAACGAAAUAACGCCCGGGACCGAGGCAGGAAUUCUGCAAAACUUGCGAUCGAUAACCGACAUUUUGCGCACAGCUUUGGAGUCGGCGUCGUGGACGACGAAAGUACAAGCCGCGAAUGCGGUUUAUACCGUUGCCUUAAAGUCGGGACAUGAUAUCGACAUGGAGGCCAGGAAUACUUUAUUGAAGAUACUGACCGAUGGUCUGCGUGGCAGAACUUGGAGCGGGAAGGAACGUCUGCUGGACGCGCUCGCUAUGUUAGCGUGCAAUAGCAAGGAAGCACUAAACGCAGACACCGCGCUGUUGGACGCAGUCGUGGCGACGCUGCACAGAGAGAGCAAGAAGGAAAAUGCGGAAUAUCGUCGCAACGCGUUGCAAGCGUUCGCUAUGGUCCUGCACGAGCUUGACGUUGAUAAGUUUACGGAAACUUAUGAAAUUGUACAAGAUAUCCUGAUUAAAGUAUCCGAUAAAAGUAACGACGGGGAAGAAGAUACCGCGGAGGAAAGCAGGAAGAAAAAGGAGAAUAAUAUAAAGUUGCAGGAAACGGUUUACGAGGUGCUCGGAAAAGCAUGGCCCUCCAGCAAGACGACUCAAGACAAAUAUUGCUUAGAAUUUGUGACUCACUGUCAGAAGGUGUUGCCAAAUAGCACGAGAUCUGUGCAAAUCGCGAUCCUGACGACGUUAAAUCUCUUUGUGGAUAGACUCGUCUUAUUAAAAGUGAGCAAGGAGGAGCUUUCGUCGCAGGAUAAAAAAGUAUUAGACGAGAUAUGUGAUAGCCUCAAUAAAAUAUUAUUGUAUUGUAUAAACAUUUCAAAGUUCACCAGAAUUAGAAAAGAAGCAUUGAAUAUAGUCCUUUCGCUGGCGAGAAAAAUGCGCGAUACAAAUAACAAUGAACAGCUCGACAAGAUGACACGCAUUUUGAAAGAGCUUCUGCCCGAGUUAGUGAAGGAUAAUCAACCAGAGAUACGGACCAGAGUUGUCGACAUUAAGGAAAUGCUUAAGAUUUAACUAACUUAUGUAAGUAUCCCCGAAUCGAAAUUUACGUAUCCUUCACACAAACACACGCCUGUCAUUUCGCAGUAUGUUGUGUAUUGUCGUUACUACAAUCGAUCUCGGGGGACGAUGGUAACAAGAAAUUCUGAUAGCUAUUGUUGCGUGUUUAUUUAAUAAUAUGUUAAUGUAGAUGUGCCUAAAUAUAAUAUUCCAUUGCUUAAUAAGAUGUAAUUUAGAAUGUAACCUGUUUAUAAAAUUCUUUAUCAUGCCCUGUAUUCAGCAAUGGAUCAAAGAAAUAAAGAACAGUAAUCUUAA